ACAUUUAUACAAGACUAGCUUUCGGUGUAGCGUGGAUGACCGUCAAUUAUGACUCUACUUGCCCGAUUCGUCCCUUUCCUUUGUGCUAUUCUUGCCCUUGGGGCAAGCUUAGUUCAUGCUGAAGACUUCCUUACCUGUGGAGGUUUCAUCAAAUCAGAAAUACAGAUAAAUUUUGCAAGGAUUGAGGUUAAGCUUUACACCAAGCAAGGAGCUUUGAAGUAUCAGACAGACUGUGCCCCUAACAAUGGCUACUUCAUGAUACCAGUCUAUGAUAGAGGAGACUUCGUUCUCAAGCUAGAACCACCAUCGGGAUGGAGCUUUGAGCCAACGAGUGUUGAUCUCAAGAUUGACGGUGAGAGUGAUCCAUGCAGUCAAGGAAAGGAUAUCAACUUCUUCUUCAAGGGAUACACCGUCUCUGGAAAGGUUGUAAGCAAGGGCAAAGCAGAUGGUCCAGAGGGAGUGCUCAUCUCUGUCAAACCAAAGGAUAAAGAUGCUGUUGCCAUAGAAACACGGACAAAAACUGGUGGAGUUUACAACAUCCCCAACGUGUUACCCGGUGAUUUCAUCAUCACAGCCUCUCAUCCAACAUGGACUUUUCAAAAGGCCAGCAUUACACACACUGUCACCAAGGAUACAGCCACUGUGGACUCUCCCAUUAUUGUAUCUGGGUAUGAUGUAAGAGGCAAAGUGAUGAGCGAGGGUGAACCAAUCAAGAAUGUCUUCUUUAUUCUUUUCUCUGACACAGUGAAACCAGAGGAUGUGGCUGGGUGUCAGAAGAGUGUGGUCAAUGGCUACCAGUCUGAGGGGAAAUCCCCCUUGUGCCAUGUGCAGUCUGAUGUGGAUGGCCAGUUUGUGUUUCCAAGUCUUGGCAGUGGGGUUUAUAGAGUGGUACCUUUCUACAUGGGUGAGCACACAACGUUCGAUGUGGUUCCUUCAUCACUUCAGUUCACUGUUGAACACAACACCAUUCAGCUGCCUACUGUUUUCCAAGUGGCUGGGUUCUCCAUCUCAGGAAGAGUGCUCUCAGCGACUGGGGGUAAAGGAGUGGAAGGUGCAAAGGUCAAAGUUCAAGGCAAGCCAGAGGUCACGACCAGGUCAGACGGUACUUUCAGGAUGGAGAAGAUCAAGUCAGGAACCUACACACUGAAGGCCAGCAAAGAACAUUUGACCUUUGACCCCCUGAAUGUCAAGGUCACACCAAACACUCCCAAGCUACCGGAUAUAGUAGCCUCAAAGUUCAGCGUUUGCGGUCGAGUGGAAACAUCAGCGGGCGGCCAGAGGAAAGUCAGUCUGACCAAAGAGGGCAGCAAACAGCCUGAGAUCGCUACAACGGACAAAGAUGGAGCCUUCUGCUUCAGUGCAGCACCAGGAGCAUAUGUCAUGGAGCCAAUGAUGUCGGAGGUUGAGCAGGCAGCUGGUCUACGCAUCAAUCCCGAGAGUCAGAAAGUUACCGUCUCCUCGAGCCCCGUCCUGGAUAUCAACUUCUCUCAAUUCAAAGCAACGCUGCGAGGCUCCAUCAAAUGUCUGGAUGUUUGUGGUACUCUACAGCUGAUGGUGGAGUCUAAGGAUGGAAGAGGGUUCAAGAAACCAGUCCCUGUUUCCCAACAAACGAAGCAAGCCGCUUUCAUCAUUAAAGAUAUUCUACCUGGAAAAUAUUCAAUCAGCGUGGUCCAGACCAGUUGGUGCUGGUCCAAGUCCUCUCUAGACGUGGAAGUAGUAGACCAAGACAUCGGAGGGCUAGAGUUCCAACAGAGUGGCUACGUUCUUCACUGCCAUGUGUCUCAUCCUAUUGAACUGGUAUAUUCACUGGAUCCAUCUGCAUCUUACAAGGGGUCCUUCACACUGAAUAAAGGAGUGAAUCAGUUCUGCUUGGAGAAGCCCGGUUCUUACAAACUCACCCCCAAAUCAUGUCACCAGUUUGAGAAGUCGGAGUAUACCUUCCAAACAUCUGCACCUAACAUGUUAACACUCACAGCAUUGAAGCAUCAAAUACAUGCUGAGAUCAGAACAACUCAACCAGUACUGGACAUCACUGUCUCUAUCAGCUCCGGAGGUAAACUGGAACAAACAGUCAAACUUGGUCCACUGAAAUCAAGGCAACAACUGGAGCAGGAGUCUAAGCCCCCAGCAAAGAAGAGUGUGAACGAAACAGCUGAGAAGAAGCCUACACCAUCACCUUCAGGUCCCCAGGUGUACGACGUUAGCCACUGGGCAGGAAAUGGAGAAGUUUUAGAGAUUGCACCCUCUUCGGGGGAAUUCUUGUUUUAUCCGUCUACAGUAAAAGUGACUGUUGAGUCAGGGGAGAAGUGCCCAGGAGUGGUUGCAGAGUUUGAGGGACGUCCAGGCGUGUUCAUCACCGGUCAAGUGACCCCUCCUCUCUCAGGGGUCAAGGUCACCAUCACACCCACAAACCCAGCCGAGGGGUCAACAGAUGGAGCUAUUACACAGAUGACGGACAACAAGGGACAGUACAGGGUUGGUCCGUUACCUGAUACGAGUGAGUAUGAGGUGGAGGCCUCUCUUGAUGGGUAUAUCAUGAGUCAGGAGGAGGGCAAGCUGGGAUACUUCAGGGCUUUCAAGCUUGGCAAGAUUAGGAUUGAGGUAACGGACGGGGAGAACAGCCCCCUCUCUGGUGUGCUUCUAUCGCUGAGCGGAGGAAACUUCCGCAGCAACAACCUGACCAAGGACGAUGGCAUCUUGACCUUUGGCGACCUUGGUCCUGACACCUAUUUCCUGCGUGCCUUGAUGAAGGAGUUUGAGUUUGACCCCAGCACACAGAUGAUCGAGGUCAGCGAGGGGUCAGCUGUAGAUAUCAAGGUCAAGGGUCGCCGAGUAGCCUUUAGCUGUUUUGGUUCAGUGACAUCACUGAAUGGAGAACCUGAGCCAGGUAUCGCUGUAGAAGCUCACUCAGAAGAGAGCUGUGGUCAGGUCGUAGAAGAGGGUGUGUCCGAUGAAGAAGGCAACUUUAGGAUCAGAGGACUGCAGCCUAAUUGUGAUUAUAAGAUCAAGCUGAAGGAUUGUGAGAGUAACGGUCACAUAGAGAGAGCAUCACCGCCAACACAGACUGUCGCAAUUGGGCAGAAAGUUAUCAAGGAUUUAAGAAUCAUUGUGUUCCGACAUCUCAACCAGUUUGAUAUAGGAGGCAACAUUGUCACACCACAUGAAUACCUGACUUCAUUGAAGGUAUCUCUAUACAGUGAGGAGGACCCAGAAACUCCUAUUCAUACCCUUCCAUUGGACAUGGGGAGCUUCUUUCAAUUCUCAUCAGUACCUAACGAUGGAAGGAGAUACAUGAUCAAGCUGGAGUCGACCUUACCUAGAUCAAAAUAUGAUUAUACAUUGCCUGAAGCAAGCUUUACAAGCACAGGCUACCAGAAACAUGUCACUCUACCAUUCAACCCUCAGAAACGUGCUCUUGAGCAAGAAGUAAUGCAGGGCUCUUAUUUUGCUCUGCCUCUCGUAGUAGCACUGAUAGCUGUUGGUGUAAAUCAUGCCAAGAUCAUGCCGUUCAUACUGCAGUUUCGUCAGAAUAUGCGUGGCUUACAAAGCAGUGGUCCCACCAGCAGGUCCGAGACUGUCAACUUUGAUGCUGACUUGUCACGGCAACGCAAGAAGGUCAAACCCAGGAAGACAUGACGACACUCUCCCAUCUCGUAGUCUUACGUUGGUAGAUAGUGCUAGCCCUCUACAGCCCACCUCACACACUAAAUGACCCGGCUAGAUUGAAAUUUGAGGAAAGGUGUCAAUUUGAAUUACUCGUACUUGUGAAAGUUUGAUACAGACCAGUUCAUAGUUAGCAAAUGGUCCCAGAUGUCCACACAUAGUUUGAAUAUUGAGAGGUCCCAAUCUGUGCAUUUAAGAAUAAUCACUUCUGAAAUGGUGGAAGAUUUUAUAUCAGAACUUUCACUUUUCCUAAAUUUUGAUGUUGUCGGGUCAUACAGAGUUUGGUGGCUGUAGAGUAGUACAUAGGUUGCAUUAUCAGGUGUACAGGAUAGUUCAAUAUGAGAAUUGUCCCAAAUAUUUGAUUUUUAAUUAUCCAAAUCACCAAAUGUCCAUUAUAUAAGUUAUAACAUUUCUAGAUUUAUUUCAUGAAUAGGGAGGUACCCCUAAUU